UCGACCUCUCUCUCUCUCUCUCUCUCUCUCUCUCUCGCACACACACACACACACAUACACAGGCUCGCUGCUGCUUUGAUCUUCCCUUAACAACAGUCACGUCAUAGGGGAGUUUUGUCAAGCGGAGCAGCAGCGAGAGUUCUUAGAGGGUUCAGCAGAGGCAGCAAAGCAUCCACGCAACCUGCGUCCGACACGAGAACCAAUUUUUUUUUUUACUUUGUCACAGCCAGAACACUGAAGACAUGGAACACCAGCUAUUUUGCUGCGAAGUGGAUACCAUUAGAAGAGCUUACCAAGAUACCAACCUGUUGAAUGACCGAGUUUUACAGACAAUGCUCCAAGCAGAGGAAAACUAUCUACCGUCAUCAAAUUAUUUCAAGUGUGUUCAGAAAGAGAUUGUACCUAAAAUGAGGAAAAUCGUCGCCACAUGGAUGCUCGAGGUCUGUGAAGAGCAGAAAUGUGAAGAGGAAGUUUUUCCAUUGGCUAUGAACUACCUGGAUAGAUUUUUAUCCGUGGAGCCAACCAAAAAGACCCGGUUACAGCUGCUAGGAGCAACCUGUAUGUUUUUGGCCUCUAAAAUGAAAGAGACUGUGCCACUAACAGCAGAGAAGCUGUGUAUAUACACGGACAACUCUGUCCGUCCCAGCGAAUUAUUGCAAAUGGAACUGCUGGCACUAAAUAAACUUAAGUGGGAUCUUGCCUCUGUGACACCACAUGAUUUCAUCGAACACUUUCUCACCAAACUGCCAAUACAUCAGAGCACCAAGCAGUUACUACGCAAGCAUGCCCAGACAUUUGUGGCCCUCUGUGCAACAGAUGUGAACUUCAUCGCGAGUCCUCCCUCCAUGAUUGCAGCGGGGAGUGUUGCCGCAGCGGUGCAGGGGUUGUACCUGAAAAGCAGCGACAGUUCCCUCUCGUCCCAGAACCUCACCAAUUUCCUUUCACAAGUCAUCCGAAGUGACCCUGACUGUCUGCGAUCGUGUCAGGAACAAAUCGAGUCCCUGUUGGAAUCUAGUCUCAGACAAGCUCAACAUCACAACAUCUCCACAGAGACCAAACGAGUGGAGGAGGACGUGGACCUCUCUUGCACUCCCACAGACGUCAGAGACAUUAAUAUCUGAAUGGAUGGCUUCUAUUCACUUGAUUGAUGAAUCUUUGUUUCUGUUGGGUAUGGGCUUUGGCCAAAGGCUUCAUGGGAUAAGAGGGAAAACGGGCUCCCACCUGCACCUGCACCUCACCACCCGACCAGUACCUCGACCAAUUGCCCCUCAGUACGCCCUAACCGUUCUAGAACUUCUGAGCGGCGUCCCCACCUGUAGUUUUGACGAUUGGGCGAUUGCCGGCCAGGACCACCAGUGGAGGUCAAUGACUGAACGGACACCUUAAUUCUCUCUUUUGGCCCCUCUUUAUGUCUUAAGUCAAAAUUGAAAAGACAGAAAAAUGGUAUAGGCUAUCUAGGAUUUUAAAAUUGCAUAAACAACAACAGUAGUUGUGACUGGCCUCAACUUGGUCACUAAAAAGACAAAGUGAGGUAUAUUGUUUAUUUUUCCAAGCGUGUCAAAAACUAUUUUUGAAAGAGAAGAGAAAUUUUUUGUAUGUUUGAUUGCUUUCUCUCAUAGAUAGUAUGUUGUUACACUUGCCAAGAGUGCUCCCUGCUUUUUCUGCAGUCUAGCUGUGUAAAUAUAUCCCCGCUUGCUAUGCGUUUAGUCACUUUAUUAAAAUUCCUAGACAGAUUCCCUAACAAGAUUCUCUUCUCUUCCAAAAUGGUUUAUGUAACCUUAGUGUAUGUUUUAAGCAUGUAUUUUUUUAUAUGAUUUACAAGGCUGUGGAAUGCCAGGGGCUUGAAUCGUUGCCUUUACUGCCAUUUAAUGUAUAACGUCAUCACUGCCAAUGACAAAAUAAGCUUAUCUUUUACCUGCUCCCCAGCUAAGCUUAAGCAGAUAAUUCCACAGUCUGCUUUUUUGUUAAAAUUCAUGUAUUAUCUAAAACCAUUCCAUUUAAAAAAGAAAAAAAAGCACUUUCAGUCUGUCGUUUAAGGCUGACUUUUACACACAAAAAAAAGGAAGAAAAGAAAAAGAAAGAAAUCCGCAGUUGUUAAAACAAUGGGGGUAAAAACAUGGAAUGGAGUAAGGGGUUGAUGGCAGACUCGUGUCUUGUCUGCAGCACGGAGCAGGUCUCUUUAUCUAUGGUGUUAAUAGUCUGGAGGAGAAAUGGAGGGGAACAAUGAGAAGAAUCUCUUUGAAGGGUAAAACUGAAGCUCGCAGUGUACUAUUUCCGCUAUAUGCAUCAGAGUGAAAACACUAAGAAGUUAUAUCAAAGAUUGAGAACUAUUUAUUUGUCCUGUUCCCCUCUUAAGGCCAGUACUCGUGGAUUAGUGGACUAGUUGCGAACUUGUGACGGAAAAACACCAUAGUUAAAGAAUUGUUCUGAGUUGAUGUACUCUGGUUUAGAACUUGUAAAACAGAAAACAAAAGUUGUGGCUUAAAGUAGAUUUUGCACAAACCCAGAGAUGUCAGUUGUCUUGUGGAUCUCUGGAGGUUGAGGAUGGAGAGAUGUUAGAGAUGGCAAAUGGAGGCAAAAAAGGGCGAUGGCUGGACAUCAAAGAGUUAAAAGCAGAACGGAGACGUUGUAUGACAAAAGAGGAGAACCUGGGAGAAGACUCUCCUCACAUUUAGCUGCUAUGGAGGGAUUUCCAGCAAGUAUGAAACUUUCAAAUGGAAAACAACAAAAAAGAAAAAGACAUGCUUCUUUCUAUUGUCUUGUUUUGCUGCUAUUUUGUUGGUUUUGUUUAUAUGAAAUGUCAAUACAAUGCCAUGUUAUAGGUUUUAAUUUUCUCAUAGAAAAUGAUGGUAUUAUUGACAACUUUGUUUCUUUUGGUAGUUUUUUUUUUUUUAAUCAUUUUUUUUUUUCAUGUGAUUUCUAUGCUGUGCUAUUCCCAAAACAGACAAAAAAAGACAAAAAAAAUUAAUAAAUAAACAAUAAAAAAAAUGCAGAAGAUUUAAAAACGACAAAUGUUCCUGUUAUACUCACAAUACCUCAAACUACAUUUGUGAUUAAGCAUUGAUUUUAGUCUGGGAUUUUCAUUAGUGCUAUUUUAUUGUACGUUUUGGUUUAUACCAUGCCUGUUAGUCCUGUUGUAAACCGCAAAUGAACACGUUAAUCAUUAUCCUACUGGGUCCUGAUGUGAGCGAGUAGAAAGCACAUUGAAUGGAAUUGGUGCCAUAAACAUUGACUCUGUUGAGUUUUUUUUAGCUGUUUCAUUACAGGAGACUAUAUACCCUAAGCCUCUUCUAGCUUUUGUUUUAAAUGACACAGUUAUGAGUUUGUGAAUGCCAUAUGUACUUACAAAGCCAUAGUUUUGUCUUGUAGUAAUUUAACCCAAUGCAGACAAUAAUGUAUAAGCUGGAUAUCUUGUUCUGAAUACAGGAGGCUCGGCAUGUCCCCAUCAAGUCGUUGUCUUUAAUAAAUGCGACGCAGCUACAAUCAGCAGUGAUGCUUCCCUUGAUUUUUCAUUUUAUUUCCAUUAACCCAUUAUUUGUUUCAGUUUGGCUUUUGUCAUUCUUUACUUGGUAAUUUGUUGGUUAUAUAGAGGUAUCCGCAGUUGCCACCAUCUCUUUUAGAUUUUCUUUAGCCUUUGACAUGGUGCUGCUAUGUGUCUGCAUUGAGACUAGAAAUGAUUUGUUGAAAGAGAUCCGGCUAUAAGCUAGAUAUGGUUGUAUGGGUGAUUCAGGACCCAGGGGACACAAUUAUAGUAUCUUCUGUAGUGUCAGGAAUAUUUGUACCUCAUCUGAAUGAUAAAAUCUAGCACGUACCGGUGCAAUUCAGUAUUGCGAUCAAGGAAAAGAGACUGUGGAGGUAUUUACUUAGGUUUUUGUCUCUGAAUGUGUUUUUAAGGGGAACUGAAGAUUGAUUGCAUCCAGCCACACCCACAAUCUGUUGUAGAGUUUUUUUAGUUCAGUAUUUAUUCCCAAGGAUCAAACAAAAUGUGGUGAUGAUCCUCAAAUACAAUGUCAUGUUUUGAUUUUUGUUUUAUUCUUAUUUACAAUCUGGUCACUGGUCUGAAAUGCUCAAUCUUAGACAUGAGGUUUACUAGAAUAAAACAUGAGCUUCAA